GGCCAGGAUUUGUCAGGGUGAAAGGAGGAGGAGCUGUGUGUGAAAGGAGGCGGAGCUGUGUGGGAAAGGAGGCGGGGCCAGUAUGGGACGUCAUCGUGACAUUGACGGGGGAUGGGCGUGGCUUGUACUGCUUGCCAGCUACUUCAAUCUCCUCAUGUGCUCGGGGCUGGCAUUUGUGGCGGGAAUGUUCCAGGUGGUGUUUCUGGAAGAGUUCAAGGGGAGCGUAUCUCUCACUGCCUGGAUCACUGCUCUCUUCUCUUCUCUCAUGCAGUUGGGAGGUCCCCUGUCCAGUUCGACCGCCAACCUGGGCAACUGCCGCCUGUCUGUGAUUGCUGGAGGGGCGUGUCUGGGCCUCGGGUUGGCUGCCAGUUCUCUGGCCGACAGUCUGGGCAUGCUCAUGGUCACAUUCGGAGUUGUUGCAGGAUGCGGCCUGGGACUGACGUACACAGCGUCCAUCAUUGUAGUCAACUACUACUUCGAUGUUCGCCGGACAAUGGUCAACGGGAUAGCUCUGUCAGCCUCGGGCCUUGGUAUUAUACUGGCACCUCAGGCGUCUCAGCUCCUGUUCGACAAGCUGAGCUGGCGAGAGGCUCUGGUCGUGCUGGGAGGGGCGGGCCUGCAUGUGUGUGUGGCCGGGGCCCUCAUGUUCCCCAUCCACGAGAGGAAGUCUCGCUCGUGCCACAAGCCUUGUCGAGGGGGGAUCACGUGCUGCUACACCGUCACUGCUGCAGGAACUGACGUCACGGGUGCUGCAGGAACUGACGUCUCGGGUGCUGAGUGCGUUUCGGAGUGCACUUGCGAAGAGGAGAACGUGAAACUGGUCGGAGAAAAUAAUAUGAUGAAGAUAACAACGGUGGAGGGGAAAAAAGAUCCGUGGAAGUUGCAAGCCUCGGAAGCUGGAACUGGAAGUAAUUUGGUAAUAGCGACCGUCCCCGAAGCAGAUGUGGAUCUGGGGGUUCCGAUAAAACAGUCAGAAAGUGUGUCUGGGGGCGUUAAAUCCUGUGAAAAACCGUUGACACAGAAAAACGUUACAUGUAUAGCAGAAAAUGGAAAUUCCCGGCAGUGGCAAAGUCUUCAGGAGCUGAGAGGGAAUUCUCGCAAGUCUAACUACAGUGAUAAAAAGUUCUUUAUUGACCCUGAUCAUAGAAUGAUAAAUUGUUCGGCUUCCCAUGAAGAAGAAGCGAAUAGGGGUAUCAAUCAAAAAGACAAGGAUCAACAAAUGUCUUUAGCCUCAGAUAAAGAAGCUAGUAGUAGACUGAUAUUGUCCGAAUCUGAUCUCACAUUUUCUUCUUUAUUCAAAAAGACGAAGAACUCUGUGGACGCUAGAACCGACCCAAAGUUCUUGGACGCUGAUCUUUUGCAGCACACGAUUCAAAAUGGCGGGGUAUCCAGUCCCCACCCACAUAACAGACUUUUGGAUAUUGAGCUCGGCUCUUCUUCAUCUCGCAAAGUUGGCAGUCACGCGUCCCUUGCGACCAGCCCGUUGGUGGAUGCAAAAAGCUUGGAGAAAAAGGGGCGGAGCCACAAGGAACUUCUUCUUUGCGACUCCACUCGGACACUUAGCUCCUCCCACCGCAGCCCCAGUCUCCACCUACUGGUCGUGUCUCGGAACCCAUCUCUUCUCUCAUUGGUUGCCUCCACACGCCAUCUGGACGUGACCCUGCCCCCUCCCCCUCCCCCUCACGACGUACACUCUGACACCACCAAAACACACUCGCGCACCGCUUCACACCACCUAUCACUCUCCAAACUGCUGAAAAAAGACGUCAUAAUCCCCGCCCCUUCUUCGAUAAACUCCGCCCACAAAGACAGCGAUAUUAGUCUAGCUGAACCAACGGAAAGAGAGAUGACGCCAUACCCACCGCUUUUUCUCAAUGUCUCUUUUUGGAUUCUGUGCCUCCAACUUUUCCUCGCCAACGCGGGCUGCGGGACGUUCAAUAUCCACCUGCAAAGUUUCAACUUAGAGAAAGGUCUGUCCGAGCAGCAGGCGACCAACGUUCUGUCCUUUAACGGCCUGGCUCUUAUGUGUUCCCGCUUCACUGUGGGUGCUCUGGCCAACGCCGCCAGCGAUGUGGACUUUCUCUUGUACUGGGCGCUACAUAUUCUAGGCGGGCUGGCCGUGAUGCUGCUUCCUGUGGUUGGUACCGGUUACCUGUCGGUGACACUGGUCAUCCUGUGUGUGGCUACGUACUAUGGGUCCGUGUACAGUGUACUCACAUCCAUCACAAUCCGGUGUGUGGGGAUCAGGGAUCUCGCCAUGGCCUUCGGUAUUGAGAUGGUCUGUGCCGGGCUGGGCUACUUUGUGGCGCCGCCCAUUGCCGGUUUUCUGGUGGACAUGACUGGAAGCUAUGACUACGACAUGUAUUGUGGAGGAGCCUUGUUUAUUUUGUCAUCUCUUCUGAUGAUGGUACUCCCGAUCUCCGAUCCAAAGAUGUCUGGCGUACAUCUACGGGACAAGGAUGUGCAUAACAACCAGGAUGGAGAGAAGGACACAUACAACGACAAAGAUGGAGAGAAAGACGAGCAAGAACGUCUGUAGUGAUAGAGAGAAGGACUCAUACAACGACACAAAUGGAGAGAAGGACGAGCAAGAAUGUCUGUAGUGAUGGAGAGAAGGAAGAGCAAGAAUGUCUGUAGUGAUGGAGAGAAGGAAGAGCAAGAAUGUCUGUAGUGAUGGAGAGAAGGACACAUACAACGACACA